AUGGCUAGCUUAAUUCAUUAUUCCCCUUACGGGAUUCAUCCUCCAGAGGGCGUAUCUAUCUUGGCCCUGUGGAACACGCGCAACGUAGGCCCGCACAGCCUAGCCGCCAAGCUGUUCUCGUCAGUAUUUAGACGGACCCUACGUUCGAGCGCUGCUGGUCUCUCAGUCGCUGCUGCCACCACUGCGAUCAAGAAGACCAGCUCGUACCCGAGCGAAGUCCAGGCGCUGGGGAAGAAGAGCAUGCAUACCAAGGUUGUCAUCAUCGGCUCCGGGCCGGCCGCCCACACGGCGGCGGUCUAUCUGGCUCGCGCCGAGCUGAAGCCCGUCCUGUACGAGGGCUUCAUGGCCAAUGGCACUGCCGCGGGCGGCCAGCUGACAACGACGACCGAGGUCGAGAACUACCCGGGCUUCCCCGACGGCAUCAUGGGCCAGGAUCUCAUGGACAAGAUGCGCGCGCAAUCCGUGCGGUUCGGCACCGAAAUCGUCUCCGAGACGGUGGCGAGGCUGGACCUGUCGCGGCGGCCGUUCCGGUUCUCGACCGAGUGGUCGCCCGACGAAGAGCACACGGCCGACGCCGUCAUCGUUGCGACGGGCGCCUCGGCGCGGCGGCUGGGCCUGCCCGGCGAGGACAAGUACUGGCAGAACGGCAUCUCGGCGUGCGCCGUGUGCGACGGCGCGGUGCCCAUCUUCCGCAACAAGCCCCUCGUCGUCAUCGGCGGCGGCGACUCGGCCGCGGAGGAGGCGCUGUUCCUAACAAAGUACGGCAGCCACGUGACGGUGCUCGUGAGGAGGGACAAGCUGAGGGCGAGCACCAUCAUGGCGAGGAGGCUGCUGGCCAACAAGAAGGUCACGGUGCGGUUCCACACGGUCGGCGCCGAGGUCAAGGGCGACGACAAGGGCCUGAUGAGCCACAUGGUGGUUAAGAAUGUCCAAACGGGCGAGCUCGAGACGCUCGAGGCCAACGGCCUCUUCUAUGCCAUCGGCCACGACCCGGCGACGGCCCUUGUCAAGGGCCAGCUCGAGACGGACGAGGACGGGUACGUCGUUACGAAGCCCGGCACGACGCUCACAAGUGUGGACGGCGUGUUUGCCGCAGGUGACGUGCAGGACAAGAGGUACAGGCAAGCCAUUACUAGCGCAGGGUCCGGCUGUAUGGCUGCCUUAGAAGCUGAGAAGUUCCUGUCGGACCUCGAGGAGGUGACGGAAGCGCAUAUAGAUGCCAAGAAAGGCAACCUUUGA